AUGACGCGAAUCCUGCCCCCGACCCGGACUUUCGUCCAUCCAGCUACCCGCCACAGCGGAAGAAAGCAGUCACAACGUCCCAUCUCAUAUCCCAUCCUCAACUCGGUGCUUCCCCAGCGCCCAGAUUCAUCGACUGACGACGUGAUUGAGGCCGUCCUUAGGGACCAGCAAGUGACCCCAGAUCUCGAUGACCGCCUCGGCUUUUUGCAGGCGAACGUCAACAAGAACUGGGAUCGCCUCAAUGACCUCUUUGAGCAUGUCAAGUCGUUGGACCGCGCCCCUGCCUUCAUUGCCAUCCAGGACCCUCCCUACGACUUUGCCACGGAUUCGAAGAGAGAACCCGCCGGCUAUUGGUGUGAGGCUCAACAUGGCUGGCCGAAACUCAAUGCCAAGGACGAGGUGGAGAUGGAGAACAACGUGCAAGUGCUAGCGUCGAGCCGCGUUGCCUUCUAUGUGCACAAGUCUUUGGCUUUGGCGUCAUGGUCCGUCGAGUGGGACAAAGGUGCCAACGAACACUAUGUUGCGUCUCUAUCCCUCGACUUGGUCGGCGGCGACAGGAUCAAAGUCUUCAGCGCGUACAACCGCACCCGCAACACGAUCGCAUUCAACCUUCUCCUCCGCGAAGCUGUCGCCGACUAUUGCAUUCUUUUGGGCAACUUCAAUCCUCGUCAUCGGGCCUGGAGCGACCGACACCUUUCUGAUAGGGCUACGAAGCAGCUGGAGAUCGAGACUCGACUUGCCGGAAUGCGUUGUCUUCUGAAGCCAAAGGACUUCACGUUCAAGCGAGGGGAGACGCAGACUACCAUCGACCUGGUUUUUCUCGGUGAAAGGCUCAAGGACCUUUGCGAGCUUUUUCACGUCACGAGGCCGCGUGGUUUUACCACGGACCACGCAGUACUCGAGACAGUCCUCAACGUGUCGCCCAAUCGGGAUCACACCCCGGUCCUUCAGAUUGACAAGGCAGACCCCGACGUCGUCCGGUCAGAGAUGGCCACUCGUCUCCUUGCCAAAUUCGGCGAUCCAUCUCAGCUGCGUCAGCAUCAACUGUCCACCACCGACAAGCUCGACCAGUUCGCCAAAGCCUUUGUUGUGUCCGCCAAGGCCGCGAUCGAUGCCACCAUUCCCACCAUCAUCCGCAACCCCGUUGGCCAGAAGCCUCCAAAAAGAGGGACUCGAGCCCACAACUACGCCUACGCGGUAUGGCUGGACGCCGUCAAGCAGGCCAACCGUUUUAUGCGUAUCGCCAGCAACGUAGGGAAGCGUACCCGAAGCGCUCAGCAAGCCAAAGACCUCUCAAGCCUUUUUGCUAUGGCAAGAUCGGCUCGCUUCUACGGCAAGAUCAGGGCCUCGCCUCACAUGCCAUGGCUCAAGAAGCCGGACGGCACAGCCUGCGCAAGCUCCGAGGAGAACGCUCGCUGUUUUCGCGACGCGAUGUGGUCCGACACAAGCGAAGAGCGCCUGGCUCCUACGGAGUUGCCACCUACCCUGGUGCGAUCUCGUGCUUCAGCUGCAUCAGGCCACGCUCUGUCGACUCCUUCACGGAAAAAGUCAAAGCCGAAGAAGAAGAAGAAGACCCGAAAGGAUAAGGAGACUACACUCUGGUUCCCCCACAUCCAGCGUCGCUACCUCCACUUCCUCUGA